GGUCCCGGGAUUCUUGAGCUGUGCCCAGCUGACGAGCUUUUGAAGAUGGCACAAUAACUGCCCAGUGAUGCCUGACCAUGACAGCAGAGGCCUCUUAAGCCGGCAAACCAAGAGGAGAAGAGUUGACAUUGGGGUGAAGAGGACGGUAGGGACCGCGUCUGCGUUUUUUGCUAAGGCCAGAGCCACGCUCUUCAGCGCCAUGAAUCCGCAAGGUUCAGAGCAGGAAGUGGAGUACUCGGUGGUGCAACACCCGGACGGGGAGAAAUCCAACGUGCUCCGCAAGCUGCUGAAGAGGGCCAACUCCUACGAAGACGCCAUGAUGCCUUUCCCAGGGGCGACGAUCAUCUCCCAGCUGCUGAAAAAUAACAUGACCAAAAACGGAGGUACAGAGCCCAGUUUCCAAGCCAGCGGCCUCUCCAGCACCGGCUCCGAGGUGCACCAGGAAGAUAUAUGCAGCAACUCUUCGCGAGACAGCCCCCCCGAGUGUCUUUCGCCGUUUGGCAGGCCCGCCAUGAGCCAGUUCGACGUGGAUCGCUUCUGUGACGAGCACCUGAGAGCCAAGCGCGCGCGGGUGGAGAACAUCAUUCGCGGGAUGAGCCAUUCUCCCAGCGUGGCGUUAAGGGGCAAUGAAAAUGAGAGAGAGCUGGCCCCGCCGUCGGUGAGCCCCCGGGAAAGUUACCGGGAAAACAAGCGCAAGCAGAAGCUGCCUCAGCAGCAGCAGCAGAGUUUCCGGCAGCUGGUGUCGGCCCGCAAGGAGCAGAAACGCGAAGAGCGGAGGCAGCUGAAGCAGCAGCUGGAAGACAUGCAGAAGCAGCUGCGCCAGCUGCAGGAGAAGUUCUACCAGAUCUACGACAGCACGGACUCCGAGAACGACGAGGAAGGCAACCUCUCCGAAGACAGCAUGCGCUCCGAGAUGCUGGAGGCCCGGGCUCAGGACUCGGUGGGCCGCUCCGACACGGAGCUGUGCGAGCUGGACCCGGGGCAGUUCAUCGACCGCGCGCGGGCCCUGAUCCGCGAGCAGGAGCUGGCAGAGAACAAGCCCAAGCGGGAAGGCGGCCACAAGGAGCGCGACCCGGGCCCCAACGCCCUGCAGCCGGAGGGCAAGCACCUGGCUGAGACGCUGAAGCAGGAGCUCAACACGGCCAUGGCGCAGGUGGUGGACACCGUGGUCAAGGUCUUCGCCGCCAAGCCCUCUCGCCAGGUGCCUCAGGGCUUCCCGCCGCUGCAGAUCCCGCAGGCCCGCUUCGCCGUCAACGGCGACAACCACAACUUCCACACGGCCAACCAGCGCUUGCAAUGCUUUGGGGACGUCAUCAUCCCCAACCCCCUGGACACCUUCGGCGCCGUGCAGAUGCCCAGCUCCGCCGACCAGACCGAGGCCCUGCCCCUGGUGGUACGCAAGAACUCCUCCGACCAGUCGGCGCCCGGGCCCCCCGCCGGCGGCCACCACCAGCCCCUCCACCAGUCGCCCCUCUCGGCCACGGCCGGCUUCACCACGUCCACCUUCCGCCACCCCUUCCCCCUGCCCCUGAUGGCCUACCCGUUCCAGAGUCCCUUAGGUGCUCCCUCCGGCUCGUUCUCGGCAAAAGACAGAGCCUCCCCGGAGUCCUUAGACUUAACGAGGGACACCACGAGCCUGAGGACCAAGAUGUCCUCCCACCACCUCAGCCACCACCCCUGUUCGCCAGCUCACCCGCCCAGCGCCGCCGAAGGCCUCUCCCUGUCGCUCAUCAAGUCCGAGUGCGGUGACCUUCAGGACAUGUCUGAAAUCUCGCCCUACUCGGGAAGCGCAAUGCAGGAAGGGCUGUCCCCCAAUCACUUGAAAAAAGCGAAGCUCAUGUUCUUUUAUACCCGCUACCCCAGCUCCAACAUGUUGAAGACCUACUUCUCCGACGUCAAGUUCAACAGAUGCAUCACCUCCCAGCUCAUCAAGUGGUUCAGCAACUUCCGCGAGUUCUACUACAUCCAGAUGGAGAAGUACGCGCGCCAGGCCAUCAACGACGGGGUCACCAGCACCGAGGAGCUGGCCAUCACCCGCGACUGUGAGCUCUACCGGGCCCUCAACAUGCACUACAACAAGGCCAACGAUUUUGAGGUUCCAGAGAGAUUCCUGGAAGUCGCGCAGAUCACAUUACGAGAGUUUUUCAAUGCCAUCAUCGCAGGCAAAGAUGUUGAUCCUUCUUGGAAGAAGGCCAUCUACAAGGUCAUCUGCAAGUUGGAUAGUGAAGUCCCUGAGAUUUUCAAAUCCCCGAACUGCCUACAAGAGCUGCUUCACGAGUAGAAAUUUCAACAACUCUUUUUGAAUGUAUGAGUCAUCGUAAUCUGUUUGGAUGUCCAAGUUGUAUGUUCUAGAUUUUGAUUUCACACGUGUUUACGGGAGGC